GCGCCAGCAAUACCAAAGCCAAAGACUAAAGACCCUUCCAUCGUUACAGCAAAAUGAAACCUGUUUCUCUUGUUCACAAGGUUGCACAACUGGCUAACAAAGCACUAGUUUUUGAUUUUGAGGGUACUUUGUUACGAUCCACUUCAUUGUUCCCUUACUUCAUGCUAGUUGCUUUUGAAGCUGGUGGGUUACUAAGAUCUCUUAUCCUGUUUCUUUCAUACCCUUUGGUGUGGUUGGUGGGUGAAGACCAACUAGGCUUGAAGAUCAUGGUAUUCUUGUGCUUUUUUGGCAUAAAAAAGGACACAUUCAGAAUAGGAUCAGCUGUUCUGCCAAAGUUCUUCUUGGAAGAUAUGGGGUGGGAAGGGUUUGAAGCUGUGAUGUGUUGUGAGAAAAAGGUGGCCUCAAGUAAGUUGCCUAGGAUCAUGGUUGAAGGAUUCUUAAAGGACUACUUAGGGUUUGAGGCUGUUAUAGCAAGAGACAUAAAGUGCUUCAAUGGGUACUUUUUGGGAUUGCUUGAGAAAAAGAAGCCAAACAAAAUCCCUUCAUAUGGGGCUAAAGCAGGCAAUGACAACAGUAUUGGUAUUAUUGAUAGCCAUAUUGAGUAUAUUGACCAAGAACUUUCCCCCCAUUUCAAGAAGGUUUGCUUAAUGUUAAGCUCUGAUGAGAGGAGAAAUUGGCGUGUCCUUCCAAGAGAUAGGUAUCCAAAACCAUUGAUCUUCCAUGAUGGAAGAUUGGCUUUCAGGCCAACCCCUGCGUCUUCUCUAGCAUUCUUCCUGUGGUUACCCCUUGGACUAUUUCUUUCCAUCUUCAGAUUUGUAUUUGGCAUUGCAUUGCCCUUCAAUGUGUCAGCUCCAAUAUUGGCCUUUUCAGGGACAAGAACCACUCUAUCAAAACCCAAAAGCCCUUUAUCUUUGGCACAAAAUGGAAAAAACCAGAAGGGCAUGCUCUAUGUGUGCAACCACAGAACCUUACUGGACCCACUUUACAUUGCAUACGUUUUGGACAAACCUCUCUCUGCAGUAACAUACAGCUUAAGUAGAUUCAAUGAGCUAGUUGCCCCCAUCAAAACCAUAAGACUAACAAGGGACAGAGAGAAGGACAGAGAAACAAUGGACAAAUUGCUGAGCCAAGGCAACCUUGUGGUGUGUCCUGAGGGGACAACUUGCAGGGAACCUUAUUUAUUAAGGUUUAGUCCUUUGUUUGCUGAACUUACAGAUGACAUUGUUCCUGUGGCUGUUGAUGUUAAGGUUAGCAUGUUCUAUGGAACAACAGCUAGUGGGCAUAAAUGUUUGGAUCCUGUUUUUCACCUCAUGAACCCAAAUCCUACAUACUUUAUUAAAAUCCUUGAUAGGUUACCAAUGUCACAAACAUGUCAUCAAGGUGGGAAAUGCAGAAUUGAAGUUGCCAAUUUUGUGCAACAUGAAAUUGGGAAUGCCUUAGGAUUUGAAUGCACCAGCUUGACAAGGAAAGAUAAGUAUAUGGUAUUGGCAGGUAACGAGGGUGUCAAUGCAGGACCAUGUCAUAGCUGCCAGUAG